AUGAAGUGGUCUUCAAUAGCCAUCCUUUUGGUAUUUUAUGGAUUCAGUAAAGAUUUCAAACCCGGAGAACCGUUCCUCUUCAAAUACCAAGCUGAAUUUCUUAAUUUAACCGAGCAUCAGCUGAAUGGUGAGAUUUAUCCAUAUUGGACGUACUUUUAUUUGUUUUCUCUCAUUCCAAUAUUUCUACUAACCGAUAUUUUACUUUAUAAACCAAUUUUGAUACUCGAAAGCAUCGGAUAUAUGGUGUUCAGAUUAACGCUAGUUUUCGGGCAUGGAGUUUUUUCACAGCAAGUUGGAAUGGCAUCUUAUGGUAUCGCUUCAGCCGCUGAGAUUGCCUUUUACUCGUAUAUUUACGCAAAAGUUGAUAAAAGCGAAUUUAAAAAAUUAACAUCAUGGACUCGAGCCGCCACAAUGGUAGGGCGAACGUUUGGUUAUUUAUUGAGUCAAUUCAUAAUAAUAACACAUCUCGGCAACUAUUUUACCAUCAACGAAAUAUCGCUCGCAUCACCCAUAUUCGUCUUCGUAUUCGGUCUUUGCUUUCCUCGCGUUCACUGGAAACAACUUGUUCAACGGAUGAUCGACAAUGGAACAAAAGAUAGUUUCGUUGCCCCAACAACUUAUUUGAACUAUGUAAAAUAUCGACUGCGAAAAAUUCAUUCGGAUGCGGUGAAAAUUUAUUCCGUUGGAUUCAUAAGAAAAUGGUCAUUAUGGUGGGCUAUGACCACAUGUAUGUCAUUGCAGAUAAGCGCAUAUGCUCAAUCGCUGUUCGCAGAAGUGCAGCAUGAAGAGUUGGCGUUGAAUGGCUUCGCGGACGCCAUUUAUACAGCUUCUGCUACAAUCGCAAUUCUCAUAAUGAAUAAAGUGCAAAUAAGUUGGGAUAAAUGGGGUGAAGCAGCACUGGUGCUUAUAUCUGCAAUUGAUUGUGCGUUAUUGUUGCUGUUUAGUAGGGCGCAAUCCAUUUAUCUAAUAUGGAAUCUAGCACGCAAGAUGGUCUGUGAAAGUUACGGUUUAGUGUUCGGGUUCAAUUCAUUCAUUGCUCUCAUUCUACAGUCCGUACUCACAUCGAUUGUGGUCGAUAAACGUGGGCUUGGCAUGAAUAUUCGUUCACAGUUCCUCGUCUACGGUGCAUAUCACGCUGUGGUAGCAGUUGUAUUCCUCUGCUCGAUAACUUAUAACGCUGUUGACAUACUGCUGUAUCGUGCACGCAUAAAUAACGAAUUGGAAGGAAGUAUCAAGCCGAAGACGUUCGUCAAUGAGCCUAGUGUGGCAACCAUUAAGGCGACAGCUGAGGAUAUGGCCAUCUAG